AUGAGGAAAAGGUUGCAACCAAUUCAUAAAUUGAAUAAUAAAAUAAUAAAUUCAAAAAUAAAUCAUCAAAGAAAAUAAAGAUGUAUUUACUAAAUAGGAAAAAUCAAUAUCAUCAGUUGCCUAAUCUAUUAAAGAGGAAAAUUAGGCAAAUGCUUAAUUAAAAAAAGAAAUAAAGGAAGUUGGAGAUCAAAGUUAGAAGGAAUAUCAUAGUUGGCUAUAAAAAUUGAUAAUUAGUCUGAAAAUUAAUUAAAAUAAGUUCUGAUAUGGAGUUUUGGUUGAGGGACAAAAUUAUACAAUACCAUUUUGAAAAACGCGCGAUAUUUAAGAGAGCUCAAAAUAAUUUGUGAAAAAGUAUGUUGAGUCAUUAAGACCAAAUCUACUUAGAGAUGAUUACUGGAUCAAGAUAUUUUAUAUUUUACUAGAAAGGAAAAAAAAACUAAUCAAAUAGUCUCUUUUGAUUUAUUAAGGCACAAGAGAUGGAUUAAAUUGUUAAUAAUAUUGGAAUAAAGUGAAUGGUAAAGCAAAUUUACUUAUGGUAUUUAAAUCCAAAAGUGAUUACAUCUUUGGAGCAUACUCUCCUUGUAAAUGGGAAUCAUGUAAUGGGAAAAAUAUAGAAGAUAAUACAUUAUCAUCUUUUAUAUUUUCAUAAACUCAUGAUUAAAUUUACCCAUUAAAAUAGGAUUCAAAAUAAUAUGCUAUUCAUUGUAAUUAAAAUUAUGGACCUAUAUUUGGAAAAGGAUAUGAUAUUCUAAUAAAUGGUAAUUUUACAGAUGGAUAUUCAAAUUUAGGUCAAGGAUACUAAUUUGAGAAAUAUAAGAAUGGAAGCAAUGAUCCAUAUUUAUUUGGAUAAGAUAAGCCAGAAAUAAAAGAAUGUGAAAUAUAUGAAUUAUAAUUUGUUUGA